AUGGAAAAUUUACUUACAUCUCUUGAUACUUUUUUGGACAACACAUCAAUCACUUCUCUCGAUGAUGAUGAUAGUUUUGUACAAUUAUACAAAAGUGUGACAUUACAAUCUAUAGAUAUUGUUUAUACUUCAUUUUAUAAUAAUGCUUUACGGUUUAGCGACGUGACUAUUGUAAUGGAUACAGAAGAAGCUAUAUUGUUAUUAGGAGAAUUAUUUGCUAACAGCUUACGUAAAACUGCAAAUUUCACUUUUGCAAUGGUAAAAUGGUAUGAUUAUUAUAAAUCAAACUGGAAGUAUAAUGAGGCUUCAGAAAUUUAUAGAUGUCUUCGAUUAUCAAUGUUAGAAGAUUAUAAUGUAAUACAGUUAGAUUCCAUAGCAUAA